AUGGAGGAAAUCGCUUAUUACGAGCACUACUUGACUGUUAGAGGACGCCUGGCAGUAAUCAUGUUCAGCAUCUGCACCGUGGUACUUGGAAUCAUACUAUCGUUCGUGCCCUGGCUGGACUACCUCAUUUUUAGGGAGCUGAGGCUGUGGAACGGGUCCCUCAGCUACAGCUACUGGCAGAAGCCUGGCGUGAUGAGGCUCACCAAAGUCUACAUCUUCAACGUGACCAACCCGCAGGGCUUCAUCGAGCAUGGAGAGAAACCGAAGCUAGCAGAAGUUGGACCUUUUGUUUACAGAGAGGACAUGGAGAAAGUGAACAUAAAGUUCCACGAUAACGACACGGUGACGUUCCAGCACAACAAGAUCUUGCGCUUCGUGCCUGAGAUGUCGGUCGACAAGACCCAGAAACUUGUCGUGCCCAACAUUCCAUUACUGACGGUGACAUCAUUCUCGCCAAACCUGGCGGGCUUCGUGUUCAACCUCCUCGUCACGGGACUGGCCUUCACUUACAAAGACAGGGCUAAACCCUUUGUCCACAUCACUGCUGAAGAAUUGGUUUUUGGUUACAACGACCCUCUGGUUACUUUGGCCCACUAUUUCUACCCGAAGGGUAAGCGACCGAACAGCCAGAUGGGACUUUUUCUUGCCAGGAACGGUACCCUGGACGAGGUAUCAACGAUUUACUCAGGAGAGAAGAUGGAGCGGUUCGGCUACUUGGACAAGGUGAACGGUCUAGACCACUUGCCUCACUGGCGAGACAAGCCGUGCAACAAUAUCAGAGCAUCAGAAGGAUCGUUCUUCCCGCCUCGCUCCGUCACGAAGUCCGACACCGUCUACGUGUACGACAAGGACCUUUGCAGGAUAAUGCCCCUGCAAUACAGGAAGGACAUCUACAAAGACGGUAUAAAAGCUGGUCUCUACACUCCGCCGAGCUCUACCUUCGAAUGCGCAGAAGUCAAUCCGGACAACAAAUGCUACUGUGAGGGAGAGCAGUGCCCUCCGAGAGGGUUGCAAAAUAUUAGCCCCUGUCAAUAUAAUGCCCCAGUCUAUCUUUCCUACCCGCACUUCUUCGAAGCGGAUCCCUCUCUGCUAACACCUUUCGAGGGACUAAAACCGGACAAGAAGCGACAUGAAACAUAUUUUUAUAUACAAGAUAAAUUAGGCGUGCCCCUUGAAGGCUUUGUCAGGGUGCAGAUGAACCUAAAGGUGAACCAAGCGCCCAAUAUCAAGGUGAACAACAUUCAUAAGUUCCCUGACAUGAUGUUCCCUAUUAUGUGGGUUGAAGAGGGCAUUCAUGAAGUCACUACAUCAAUCUGGAGAUGGAUAUUCCUCGCCACGACAGUAGGACCUAUAGCAGCACCGAUGAUUUCUUACUCAAUGAUAGCAAUAGGACUGUCAAUAUUAAUAACAGUCUUCGUGAAAGCCUACAAGAAUUUCGUAAUCGGACAGAACUCAAUAGAAAUAAUGGAACUGGGAAGAGAAACAAUACGUAGAGGUUCCACGUUAAUCAUCCAUGGUUCUCAUAAGCUGAUGCCACAUAGAGAUAACUUGUACCAGCCCUUGGAUCAGUUAAAUACUUCGUCAACUCACAGCAGCCGUGAAGAGAAACUCCAGGAGCUGACCUUCGUCAGCAGAUCAGAACAAAGCCAAAGCCUUGACGAGCUCAAGGGGAGAGUUAGGAGUGACUUCGUCAAAACAAACUUUAGUGAUACAGAGAGGGAGUCUCUAAUUAGAUCUGACAAUACAUUUAUUUUAUCUGAACACAGAAGGUGUAGAGUUUUUAAGAUGCCUGAUAGUUAUUUUAGUUAA